ACAGACCAGCAUUCAUCUUCAACAUAACACAACAUGAGUUCAUCAAAUUCUCUUUCUCUAUCUCCAAUCGAAUCCUCCACUACUAUCCCGAGCCACCACCAUGAGGUCGAGAGAGAGCAAACAGAGUUCGAGAAGAAUCAGAAACGGUACCAAGACCUAAUUUCCACCUUUCCUCAUGCGAAAGGCUGGAAACCGAAAGCUCCAAUGAUCCAGUAUAGUGGUUACUGGUUCAUAGAGCCUCAUAUGGAAGGUUGCCUUUACGCUCAAGAGUUCUUCCAAGCGCGCUCCAUUGAUUUGCUCAUUUGUAGCUCGGUAAAGACAGGUACCACCUGGCUCAAGGCUCUAACUUUCGCCAUCGUUAAUCGAUCUCGCUUCGAUGAUUCCUCUAACCCUCUCCUAAAGUAUAACCCUCAUGAGCUUGUUCCUUUCAUUGAGAACGAAUUUGCUUUCUUCCCUCAAAUUGAUGCUUUCAAAGACAAAGGAAAUACUUUGUUUGCUACUCAUAUCCCGCACGGAUUACUACCAAAGUCUGUUGCAAAAUCGGGUUGUAAGAUGGUUUACAUAUGGAGAGAGCCAAAGGACACUUUCAUCUCCUUGUGGACCUUCUUCCAAAAGCAAAGGUUAGACUAUGGCCCUCUCAUUACUCUUGAGGAGUCUUUUGAUAUGUUCUGUCGAGGUGUUUCUGUGUUCGGUCCUUAUCUAGACCAUGUCUUGGGGUAUUGGAAAGCUUACCAAGAGAAUCCAGAUCAUAUUUUGUUCCUCAAGUACGAGACGAUGAAAGCUGAUCCUUUGUCGUACGUGAAGAGAUUAGCUCAGUUUAUGGGGUAUGAAUUCACAGUUGAGGAAGAGAAGGAAGGAGUUGUUGAGAAAGUUGUGAGUCUUUGCAGUUUCGAGACAUUGAAGAAUCUUGAAGUGAACGUAGGGGACAAAAUAAGAGAGGACAUUCCCUAUGUUCAUUUUUCUAACAGUGCAUAUUUCAGGAAGGGAAAGGUCGGAGAUUGGCACAACCACUUGACUCCGGAGAUGGCAGCUCGAAUCGAUGGACUGAUGCAUGAGAAAUUUAAGGGCUCUGGUUUGCUUGAACAUGAUCAAUGAAGGUGUCAAGUUCAGGGAAAUGACGCAUCCUUUUAUACCUUCUUUUUCUUAUAUUGAUUCCAUAUGUGUUAAGUUGUAAUUUGGCAAGAAUAAAUCUCGUUAAUAAAAAUAGUUAAAAUUAGUAUUUU